AUGGCGGAACAACAGGCGCAAAGCACCAACUUCAAAGAAGCCUUCUCCCUCUUCGACAAGCGCGGCAACGGGCGCGUCUCCCUCGACUCCCUCGGCGACUUGCUACGCGCAUGCGGCCAGAACCCAACUCUCUCCGAGAUUCACGAUCUGGAAGGACAGGCGGGCGGUGAUUUCGACUUCGACUCCUUCACCCGCAUCCUCAACCGCCCCGGCGGUUUCCGCGACCCGGGCGAACCCGAAGAGUACUGCCGCGGCUUCCAGGUCUUCGACAAGGACCUCACGGGCUUCAUCGGCGUAGGGCAGUUCCGCUACAUCCUGACGAAUUUGGGGGAGAAGAUGAGCGAUGAGGAGGUGGAUGAGCUGUUGAAGGCCGUGGAUACGAGUAGUGGGGAGUUGAACUAUGUGGAUGUUGUGAAGACGAUUUUGGCGAACUGA